GGAUUUUAUUUUCAAACUUUGAUAAAAUUGUUUGCAUUUUUCUAACAUUAGAUUUGCAUAAGUUAGAAAAACUUGAUAAUUGAUGGAGAAUGAGUAAGGAAUUUUGCAUAAAUUGAUUGCUACCUGACAUGUGAAUAUAGAAGAACCUAAUCUGUUUUUUUUUUUUUAGAUUCUGUGCAGCCAAAACUCUGAGGCACUUGACUUUCAUUCUUCUGCCAUGGCUUCAACAAGAAGAAGCAUGUACGUAGAGCAGUAAACCCAGUUUUUACAGGCCUGGGAAUAUUGAGCUUGUACAUAUGCUUACAGCUUGCUGCCUUUGAGAUCUACUUCCAUGUCCGCAACAUCUGCUAGCUCCUCUAACCCAUCUGCUUCCAGUGACGAACCAUCCGCUAGCAAUGACAUUGUGCUUGUAAGCAACAACCCCGCGGCAGAACAAGUAGCAGUUGCUCCAAAACCGACCAAAGCAACCAAAGCAACCAGAGCUUCUACUGCUCGGAGCUCUGUUGACAAGAGAAAAAGAGGAGAGAAGAAGAAAGGCAAGCAGAGGUCGGACGUAUGGGAUCACUUCACGAAGGAGGAUCAUCCUUUAAUUGAGACUAUCGAUGGAGUGGAGAAAGUGGUUGGCCAUACUAAGAGAGCUCAAUACCAUGAAAAAGAGGAUAGAGAGAAAGCUGAGAAGGCCAAGAACGUUAUUGCUGCUGCAUCUGCAUCUGCCCCAAGUGGCAAAACAACUAAGAGUUCUGAGGCUUCAGCUUCUGCCCCUACAACCAAGAAGAAAAGGCAUAAAAAAUGA